CGUUCCGGCGACAUCCGCCUUUGCUCCACCUUUGCAGCGACAGCCAGCGGCUGGACCGGCGCACCGGCGGCCGGGAGCCACCCCAGCUCAUGGAGACGCUGCUCGUGGAGACGCGGGCCUCCUCCUCCUCCUCCCGCCGGCGCACGGCGCUCGUCCUCGCCUGUGCGCUGUGCGGCCUUAUCCUGGGCUGCGUCCCUGCGGCGCUCCGCCGCCGCGACGCGCCCAGGCUGCAGGCGUGGGAGUUCGCCGAGCUGCCGCUCGACGGCCGCUGGGACGCGAUCACCGACCUCUGGGAGCGGCCCCUCUGCGGCAACUUUUGCGGCUCGAUGUGGUGCAACGGCGGCUUCCUGAGCGAGUGGGACGCGGACAGCGAGCACUGCGGCCCCGAGUACGGCGACGUGAGCCGGUCGGCGGACGGGCGGCCGUCGUGCAUGGACGCGUGCUGCCGCGAGCACGACAUCUGCUGCGCGCCGGGUGGCACCGACCUCGGCGCCACGCGCGGCUGCAACGCCGGCCUCGCACGCUGUCUCGAGCGGUGCGGCGAGGGCGACGGGCGGGACGACGCGUGCGAGGGCCUGAUCUCGCUCGGCAUGUCGGCGAUGCACGGCACGGAGCUCUGCUGCGGCCGCCCCUGCCCCGCCGCCGUCUACACUGCGCGGGCGAGCGCCGCCCUCACGCCCGUCCUCGCGCCGUACCUCAACUACACGCUCGGCACGGCGAAGCACGUGACGAGCCACCUGGAGGAGGGCUCCGAGAGGGUUCUGAGCCGCUUCCGAGCGGGCUCGCGGACUGUCCACUCCGCGGCCCGCGGCGCGGCCGAGAGCGUCACCGCCUUUUGCAACGACACCCUCGCCACCGCGCGGCGGAGCGUCGCGACGGCCGUCGCUUGGCCGCGCUGGCCGCGCUGGCCGUGGAGGGCGAUUUGGGGCGCGCAUGAUGGCCACCGUUCGCCGGCGGCGGAGGCUGCGGCGGAGGAGGCUGCUGCCGAGAGGGCUGGCGGCGAGGCUGCAGCUGCGGCCGCGGCGCCGGCCGGUGUGAGUAGUGACCGGCGCCGCGGCGGCUGGUUCAGCCUCAUGCACACGCACAUGUUCGCUAGGUGGGGUCGGAGCCGUACAUAGAGUCGUAGGUAGGACACGAGGUUAGAGGUUGCGCAUCAUAGGAGGUCAUACAGUAGCUUAGACAGUAAGGUCUCGUGCGGAAAAGCCCCGCGUGGUCGUCGGGUGUGCGUGUCGCGGGUUAGCCUUGUGAUACCGUUUUCGUGAGACUCUACAGACUACACAGU